AUGGACUUGGUGGUGUCUGGUGUGACGACGGGGGAAAACUUGGGGCUUGUCUUGGCAGCUUUCCUGGCCCUGAUGGAGCACGGCAUCGUCUCCUGGAACUCUCUCAACCCCAGGUUCGUGCAGAGGGUCGCCAGCUUCGUCAACAAGAGCACAGUGGCCGAGGCCAUCAUUGUCCAGCGGGCCCUCGCCAUCCUGGAGAGCAUCGUGUUGCUAAGCGACGCCUUCGGCCAGGUGGUGUCCGGCCAGGUCAGCCUACAAGUGUUGACAGAACAUUUCAAGAGCCCGGCGGCCGAGAUCCAGCUUAACUCUGUUACUCUAAUCAACGCGCUGCUGAUCAAGGCGACCCCGGCCAAGGCCAAGGAGAUUCUAGACAUCAUCAACUCGCGUCACGUGCAGGGGCUGAUCCUCCAGGGCAUCAUAGACAGACGGAGAACUGUGGGGGCGGAGAUGGCGCACCAACUGCACGUUUUACAGCCCCCUGGCCUGCUGGCCCUGGACUGCAUGGUGUACUUCGCGGAGAAUCACACAGAAAGUUACAACAAGCUAGUGUUUGAGAACUCGUGCAGGGAUGACCAAUACGUCUGUCCCUUCGCAAGGUGUUCCAUUGCCCUGACCCUACUGCUCUGCAAAAUGCUCCAGGUAGGAGAGCCCCCUUCCGAGACGGGGCAGGACUACCAUCCCAUGUUCUUCGCCACCCCAAACGCCUUCGAGGAGGUCUUCUGUGUCUGUAUACAGUCGCUCAACAAGACUUGGCGGGAAAUGCGCGCCAUUCACGAGGACUUCGACAAGGUGAUGGACGUGUGCCGGGAGCAGAUCGGCAUGUCCCUGUCCCACCGCCCGCGCAGCCCCGCGAUUUUCGGCGCCAAGCUCCAGGACUACAGCUACCACGAGAUCAUCCGCCAGAUCCAGGACAGCCGGGUGUCCAAGCUGCCCCUGGACGGGGACGUGGAGCCGUUCUGCGGGCUGAGGGAGACCAUCACCCCGGGAGUGGUCCAACUCAUCAAGGCGCACCGCCUCUCCCACCUCGUCAAGGGCGGGCUCUUCCAGAAGUUCAACAAGAGGAGAGUCAAGGACAAGUUCUGGUUCUGCCGCCUCGCGCCCAACUUCAAGGCGUUCCACUACGGAGACGCCGGGGAGGGGACGACUCCAGACAUCGAUCAGCUGAGCGGGAAGCUAGACCUCGCCGACAUCAAGCAGCUGGUGACGGGGAAACAGUGUCCGCACAUGAAGGAGUCCCGGAGUCAGAAGGACAGCGUCACUCCCUACGCGUUCUCCCUCAUGUACUACCCCGACCACUCGCUAGACUUCGUGGCGCCCACCAAGGAGAUGUACGACCUGUGGACGGACGGUAUCAGCGCCCUGUUGGACCAAGAGAUGACCAGCAAGACCACCAAGAAAGAGAUGGAGAUGCUGUUGUCCAUGGAGAUGAGACUAGCUCUGUUAGACACGGAAGGACUCCAGUUGCCGUCCGAACCACCACCACUGCCCCCAGAACCAGAAAACUACGACUUCGCUGUCAAGUUGUAGAUCAGAAAUAAACUGUGACUAAAAUGUAAAAGGACUUUUAUAUAACUUCUUUUUGAAAGGAUUGUACAUGUUUGCUGACUAAGGUUGUUAUUGCCGGUGUAAACCUGUUGUUGCAUUAUUUUGGUGUAUAUGCUGGAGUGUAUGACGUUAUUUGGUUAUUAAAUAAAGAAAUAAAG